UUUAUGGACAGGACGGAGCCAAAGUGUAUGGAGGAAACAGACCAACAAACUGCACUGUGGUCGUGGAUGCCGUUGGAAUGGUAAGCCAGGAAUGUGUGCAAGACGCCUGCACGCAAAGCUCCCCGAACAGACGAGGUUGAAACUGCGAAAAAGGGGUUCUAACUCCUUUUGCAACGCUCCGGAAACCAAUCAACCCACUCACAAUCAACUGCAGCGAGCGCGCCAGAAGGCAGGCCGAGGAAUCUGCGGCCGAGGCACACGGGUGGCUUCAAAGGAAACCAUCGGAAAACGCACCGGCAAGUGGAAAGGUUCGUGGUUCUGCAAGGAUUCUGUUGCAUUAACGUUCGAUUUCUCCUUCCACCGGGCAACUUCUCCAUCGGAACAGCUCAGAUCCGAUAAAAGCUAUUAAAAGGACGCCAAACAAGAAGGAGAAAAAGUGACAAGAAUACGGGAGCAGCCGCCGGAUUAGCCGCCGCUGUUGCUACUGACCACAGCAGGACAGGAUGGAGUCGAAUGAUGAAAUGAGCGAUUCGUCGGAAUCAGCAACAUCAGCCAUCUCGGUGGGCAGCAGCGAACAGGAGCGGCAGCGUCGGUGGGUGUCUACACUGGCACAACAUUUGAUUUUGGAGGUGCCGGACUCGGUGGAGGAGGCUGCUGCGGCUGCGUUGCCGGCACCAGCACCAGCACCAGCACCGGCAGAACCAGACGAACGUUACUGUUGGGUGUGCUUCGCGACCGAAGAGGAUGAUCGGACUGCAGCGUGGGUGCAACCAUGCAAUUGCCGCGGCGCUACUAAAUGGGUGCACCAGUCGUGCCUGUUGCGCUGGAUCGAUGAGAAGCAGCGAGGCAAUCCGGCCAGACAGAUUAACUGCCCACAGUGCCGGGCCGAGUACUUUGUGAUCCUGCCAUCGAUGGGUAGCAUCGCGAUGCUGCUCGAACGGCUGGACCAGUUGGCGAACCUGUUGAGCCCGGGGCUGGCGGCAGGUGUCAUCAUCUGUUCCGUCUACUGGUCCGCCCUGACGUUCGGUGCAAUCACCUUGCUGCAAACGAUUGGUUACGAGCAGGGUAUGACGGUAAUGAGGAACGCGGAAUCGUACACACUGAUGCUGUGCCUGCCAACCAUACCGGUCGCGCUCAUCAUCGGUCAGAUGAUACGCUGGGAGUCGGUUGUGUUGCGAUUCAUCCAGAAGCGUCAGGAUUGCCUCCGCCAGUACCCCGUUAUAUCGCUUGUACUUCCAGUUCGUAACGAACCGAACCCGCCUUACCCGAAUCCCGGACCGUUGCUGGCCAGCCCGAUACACUCAUCGGAUCCGCUCUCGGUCACGCGACUGUUCUGCGGUGCCCUCAUGUUACCGACUGUUGCCUCCAUGAUAGGCCGAGUGUGUUUCUCCUCGGUCGAGAACCAUCUGCGGCGCACCGUCAUCGGAGGGCUCGUGUUCGUCGCGGUGAAGGGCGUGCUGAAGAUUUAUUACCACCUGCAGAAGUAUAGCCGAGCCAGCAAGCGCUUCGUUCUCGAUUUCACGCCCGCUAGCAGUCGCCGGGACAAACCGCACACCGUACCCCCCCAACAGCAGCAGGAUCCGGAAGCGGAGUUGAUGCAAAACGUAGACGAAUCGGGCGAACCCGACGGAACGGAGCCACAGCCGCAGCAGCGUCCGCCGCGGGGUCCCACGCACGGAGACAGCUGAAUGCUGUUACUCCUUAAUACAGAUCAGUACUGUAAGCCCGAUUUCGUUCAUUUCUGGACAGAAAUACGUGUGUGUGUGUGUGUGUGUGUUGGCACACGCGCACGGCGCUAUGCAUACUAAACCUACAACUCCCCCCCCCCCCCUUUUUAUCCCCAUAUAAUUCUUUCGCUCCCGGUCCCCUUUCGGUCGAUGUAAGACCUGCGAACAUGGAGCUAUUAUUCAUUUUAUCCCAUACUAUAGCUGCUCAUUUCUGGACAGAAAUAUGUAUAAUCUAAUCACCUUCUUUAAUUUCGACGUUCUUUCGCUGCCGAACCCCUUUCGGUUCGAUGAUAAGACCUGCAAACACCUAGCGAUUAUUCCUUUUAUCUGACACCGUUAGAAAUUCUUGUAUAAAAUAAAUGAUGAG